AUGAACACGGGCCAUCCAUAAGACAGAAGCUGACCACAGGGUUAAAAGGCACGAUACAGGUCUACCUUGUUAUUAGCGAUUCGACACACAUCAUCUUGUUCGGUACUUAUCAAGUGAAGCGAGCUCCAUCUCUUGUUAAUCCUUGACAAUAUGGCCCGACAAACAAACACAGAGCCUCUGGCGCAGAAUGUGGUUGUGGAAUUACCAACAUUUACCACCCCUCGGUAUACCCAGAAAGUGACUGGCAAAAGGUCACCUUUAUCAGAUGACUUGGAAGAAUUCCGUGGAAUCCCAUAUGGUGAAGUUACUAAGAGAUGGGAGCAUGCAAGAAUCCGUACUUGUCUUCCCCAUAAUGAUUUUGAUGCAACCGAAAAUGGACCUAUAUGUCCCCAACCAAGUGCGGCUCGAAAUAGCGAGUACUAUCAAGCGUACCUCGCCUUUCCCGACGUCAAAGAAUGCGAAUUCGAGUGUCUGAAUCUACUUAUUAUCCGUCCUAGUACAGAGGCGUUAUCUCGGGUAGGGACUGACAGACCAUCCAAAUUACCUGUUCUGGUUUAUAUCCACGGCGGAGCUGGUACUGGUGCGGGAAGCGAUCCUAUCUAUGACCCUUCACGCUUGGUGCUCAGGUCUCUGCAAAUCGGCUCUCCUAUAAUCGCUGUCAACUUAACUUACAGAACCGGCAUAUUUGGGUCUCUUGGCUCAACUGAUAUCCUUAAGGCUCAAGAUCAGUCACAAGUCAGGGGCCUUAAUUUUGGCCUGUUUGAUCAGAAAGUUGGGAUAACUUGGGUGGCGCGUAAUAUCGCCCAGUUUGGAGGCGAUCCAGAGCAGAUUACCCUUUGCGGCAGCUCAGCGGGAGGGAGUUGUGUAUAUGCUCACCUGCUUGAUGCCGAUGCCCACAUGAAGAAGCCUCUUUUUAGGAGAGCUUAUAUACAGUCUGCACCCAUGUUAACCAUCCUACCAAUGUCACUCGCUGAGGCUGAGGCUAAUUGGGACAAGAUUUGCCAGCACUGGGGUAUCAGGCCAGAGAGCAAGAGUCAGCAGAAACUAGAAUCAUUGCGCUGUAUAUCAAUGGCGGACAUGCUCAAGUCUUCCGUGGAGAUAAAUCUCUUUAUGCUGCCACCCAUUGCUGAUAAUGUUACAAUGACGCAAGACACUGUAUCAUUUCCAUGCGUGGAUUCACAUCAAGGGCCUAAAUCCUCUGACUACAAGCCAAUUGAAGUCAUGAUAGGCACCACCGAUGUCGAGUCGGCCGGGUAUGCCCAUAGCGGUGUUAAUCUUCAGAACCUGCAACAGGGCUUUACGAAGGCUCUCCCAACGGCUGAGGCAGGCGCUCAUAUCUUGGCAGCUUACGACCUCAUCGAAGGCUUGGAACAAAAUUCAUUGGUUGCAGCUUUGGAGCGGUUUCACUCAGAUGCAGUUUUUGAUUUAGGGAUCUACCGCGCACGGAACCUGUUGACCGCCCAGCGCCGAGCCCAAUAUGGAAACGCCACCAGCAUCCAACCCUACCAUGUUGAGUUUGGAAGUCCUUUCCCAGGACCGAAGAGAGGAUGUGCACAUCAUGGCGUCGACGUCAUAUACAUGUUUGACGCGUUCCAUGACGCCCUCGCCGAUGCCGAUAACCGCAUCUUCACAUCGUACGCUGAGGGCAAGGCAGAGGCAGAACACUCCGCCACCCUAGGAGAAAAAGCUAUAGUUCAAAAGCCAAUCAUAACCUCGCAGUCAUCCAUGGGGAAUAAUCUCGACCUCACAAGGAGAUUCCAGGACCAUGUGAUUGGGUUCAUUGCUGGAGAAUCUGUCCCCACUGUCGCGGAGGGCGAGAUCUUGGUCUGGGGGGAGGACGGGUUCUUGAGGGUUGAAAAAUUGGCGGAGACUCCAAGAUGGUUGGAAAGGAUCGGUCGCUUGGAGCAGCUAGAAAACUAUACCUCGUCAAUUCUCAAGGUUCUCAGUGCUAUUUGAUAGAUUCUAUAGCAGAUAGGGACGCCUGGUCUUAAUGACGAAAGACACAUCUGUCAUGCUCUGAAGGCAUUGCUAUUACAUGACCUGCUACCUACUGGCUUCAGACAGAAGCUCAUAGGUGGACACAGUGUCAUACAAAGCUAUUGCAACAAACAACUAGACAUUGAAAAUGGAGCUUUGGCAACUGGUCGUCCGGGUCUGCAACAAGAUGAAUCGCUCGCUAUUUAAUUC